AUGGAGAUCGCAGAAGGCACAAGGAAACGAAGCCGCUCAAUCGGCGGAAGCUCGGGUGGCGGCGACCUGGACCGGCUGAGCGCCCUACCGGACUGCCUCCUCCACGUCAUCCUGUCCUCCCUCAGGGCCCGACAGGUGGUGCAGACGUGCGUGCUGUCCACACGCUGGAGGCACCUCUGGCGCUCCGUGCCGUGCCUGGACGUCGACAUCGUCGAGUUCAGGCGCUCCGGCGGCGGCGGCGGAGGAGGCGACAGCAGCUCAUCCGACUCCGACGAUGACAGCUCCGACUCCGACAUCGAUACCGACUCCGACUCCGACUACGACUCGGGGUACAGCCGGAGCAAGGGCAAAGGGCUUGACAUCGAUCGGGGCAGGAAACCUCAGUUCAAUCGCUGGUCCGAUGGUGCAUCACACGGCAGCUGGACAUACAGCGGCCGACAAGCAGCAGCGUGGCUCCGUCGCGCCAUGAAAUACUGCACGCCAGGUCACGCCAUCAUCAAUUGCCAGCGUCAGGGACUGAAUCUGAGCCCCAGCUCAUGGCACCUCAGAACGCUGCAUCUCUGCCACGUACCUCUGGACGAUCGUUUCGCGGAGCAUCUCAGCUCAGUGUGCCGCUCUUUGGAGGAUAUGGAGCUGGACCAUUGCGCCUGUGAGAACCGUUCGAUCGCCUCCGACUCCCUCAAGAACCUGGUUCUGAAACAUUGCACAUGGGGAAGAUUCUUCUCUGACAUUGCAUGCCCCAAAUUGAAGACCUUGGUGAUCAAUGGUGGCUCCAAUAGAUACCGCCACCCGCCGCUGGCUAUCUCGGCCCCCAUGGUUGGCUAUCUACGCCUAGAUGUGGAUGCUGACCGCUUCCGUGGGGGUAUUUCGAUAACCAAGACGAUGCCAUCCCUUGACAGGGCCUCGAUUCAUUUACGCUGCAACAAAUACUGUUUAUCCAAGCUUCGAAGUAGAUUUGAUGGGGAUCAAUCCGAGCUUCUUUGUAGUGUGUCUAACGCGACAAGUUUGGAGCUGUCAGGUGUUGGGACGACGGUGCUCGGUGAGGAACCCAAAUCCCUGGAAUUCCAGAACCUGAGGAACUUGCUGUUGGGCGACUGUGAUCUCAGUGAUGACUUCCGCGUAUUGCGGUUCUUUCAUCAGGGUUCGCCUAAUCUAGAGAAGGUCACUUUGCGGCACUGCAAGUUCCUAGGUGAUUCUGAUUCCGAGGACAAUGAAGGCAAAACGCGCAAACUCAACAAGACCUCAUCUUCUGAUUGCUGUGGCCUGGACUUCCUACGUGAUGCGAACGUCGAGCUUGAAAUCAUACAUAAAGAUGACAACGAUGCCUGCUGA